CGAUACACGGCUUGUUGCGUUUGUUGAAAGUCCCCCUUAUACACGACGUUUUACGACAACAAUUGUUGUGUCGACGAUAAAGCUUGCGAUACAAGCGCUGGUCUAGCUUAAGAGAAAUAAAAGUGACAGCUGUCACUCGUGUAAUUUCCGUAUCAGCUGGCGUGUGCACGAUAAAACGCACUGUCAUCAAAUACCGUUGUAUUCUCACAUAAAACGUCACUUGUUCCUUUGCACGCAUUGCAAUUUUUACGCUCGGAAUUGAAUACCGGCGUGAGCAUUUUGUUUUCAUUUUUUCUACGGAAAGAGAUACUUUCUGCCACACACAUCUGCUUGUCUUCUGUCUUUCGUCUCACCUGUUGCUCCUACAAAGUCUCGAUACUGUCGUUCUCUGCAUGAAAAAUUCAUUACUGUUAUUAUCAUUUGGAUUUAACGCACAAUGUCGAAUUACCCUUACGAAUAUGUGAGAUGUCUAGAUAUGGAGCAAAUAAGAGAGGAACCUAAAACGGAAUCUCAUUCUUUGAAAGGCUUCGUCCCUCUUUUGGGCUUUACUGAGGGAUGUGGUGCGCUUCUUGUAAUCUUGGUGACUGUGUGGACAUAUUCCUAUAGAGAUGGUUUCUCAUGGAAAUCUAAUCCGCAGCUUGAAUUUAAUUGGCAUCCUUUGUUGAUGAUUGUUGGACUCGUGUUCCUGUACGCUAAUGCCAUGCUGAUCUACAGGACGCAGAGAAACGUACGCAAACGAGGACUAAAGUUAAUUCAUGCAGGCAUAAUGUUAUUUAUUGUAUUGCUAACAGUGAUCGCUCUAGUAGCGGUUUUUGACAGCCACAAUCUAGCUUCGCCAGCUCCUAUACCGAACAUGUAUUCGCUACAUAGCUGGGUCGGGCUGACCACCGUGAUAUUAUUCUGCUGUCAGUGGGUCGCCGGAUGCGUUUCGUUCCUCUUUCCCGGGUUGCAAUCUCCAUUACGAGCCUCUUACAUGCCAAUGCACGUGUAUUUCGGCGUUGCGGCUUUUGUGGGCGCGAUUGCUUCGUGUUUGUUGGGACUUAACGAGAAAGCGUUCUUCGUAUUGCAAGACAAAUAUGCAGCCUUUGUAAGUGAGGGAAUGCUGAUAAACUUCAUAGGAUUGCUGCUCAUAUUAUUUGGAGGCUUGUCCGUGUACUUGGUAACGCAGGAACGUUACCGACGUUUGCCGAGGCCCGAGGACGAGGUCCUUUUGCCUGGCUGGCAUGGCUAGUACACGAAUUGAGAUAUGCCGCCCGAUUCGCUUCUCGUUAUGAAAAUAUCCGAUUUUAAUCCAUACUUAAUAAGUACUUACAAGUUGCUCGCUGUAAGUCUUGCGUUAACUUUACGAAUAAGGUCGGUCCAAUUGAUUGAAGCACAAACGCAAAAGGGGUAAGAAACUAUAUAUAGUAUUCUAUUGAUCUUUUUUAUUUUAUUAUAUUCUAGUCUAAAUAUAACUUUUUAUCGUUCUCUAUUUUCUUGACGGAUAAAAUCUGUAUAUAUAUGUUUAUAUGUAUGUUAAUUCAGAAGCAAUCGUAUCUUUCUGAAAAUUAUGGUGCUACGUGUACGUACACAGUAAUAUUUAUAUAUGUAUACAUAUCUAUAAUUAUACAACAGUAAUAUAUGUAUAUAAUUACACGG